AUGUUUAGCGGAAGGACAGCCUUUUACACACUAGAAAACUAUGGAGGAAUGUUAGUAAUGGCAGGUAUAAAGAUCUUUAAAUACACAUCAUUUGAUGUAACAAAGGAGAAAAUUUCAAUGAGAAUAGAAGAGAGAUAUCGACCAAAAUUUAAGUCUAUUUAUGAUGGAAUUUUUAAUAAAGUAGGAAAGUCAGGAGGAUCAGUUUAUUCAAUAAUGGCAAAUGCUGUAUUUAAAGAUAUCAGUCCGAGGGGGAUAGCACCAAUAACACUGUUGUUUUCAUCAGGUUUUAUAUUUGUAUGGAUAAUUUUACUGUUUUAUUUGGGUGCUAAUUAUAAUAAAAGUAUAAGCAAUCAAAAACCAAUAGAAAUCGAUUUGUUUAACGAAGAAGACGAAGAGGAAAGUGAGAAAGAAGAAGGAGAAAUUAAAGAAGGAGAAAGAAUUAAUGAAAGACCAAAAGAAACAGAGAAAGUAAAAAAGAUAGUUUUAUAA